AUGCAUACAAUCGCACUUGCCUUUGCUAUGUCCGGUUUCUUCAUCGAACAGUCUCGCCUCGCGGUUACAAUGAGUUCAAUGCCAUGCGCACUCUGCGACAGCAAGGAAGCAACACUCUGCCCGACUUGCGAGGAUGCUGCAUUCUGCACCAAACACUGCCAGGCCGAAGGUGAAUGGAUCCAUAAAUUUCUCUGCGCAAUAAAAGACGAAUGGGGUCGGUCGAAUCCACGGCCGAACGAAGACUCGUAUAUCGCGAUCUACUUCCCAGUCGACGGAACUGGUCCUGAGUUCUACUGGUCGAAUCACAGACUCAAGGUUCAGAAGAACGAACUGACGGGCACUUUGGAGAGAAGUGACCUGCUGAGUGUGGAUAGCGAUGAAGUCAAUUCUGGAAAUAUCGAAAUCACGCAUAACCUCGUCACCAAGAACAAGCUUCCGUACCCUUUGACAUUUACUCUGAGAGACUGCCGUGGCGUUGAUGGAUCAACGGUUAACCUUUCCAUCCUCGAGAUGACACAGGGUGACCAGCGUGGUCUUUGGGCUGGACCAGCUGUCCUUUACCGCUUCAAAGAUCACAUCUCGAUAGCUGAUCUGACCUACUUCGCCACCUGCCUUAAGACCUUCAAAGAUCCGGCUGGAUCGUUGAAUCAUGCUUUUCAGUUGAAUAAGCUUGAGAAUGUAGAGAAAAGCAGACCGGAACUGUUUGCAGCAGUGAAGGGGAAGGUUGCAGCUAAGAUGUACGCGAGGAAAGUUGCAAAUGCUUCUCCAGAGAAUAGUGAAGUCGAGGUUGUAAAGCCGAAGGAAACUCCACAGAAGGUUCGAAUUCGCCUUGUACUUAAUGGGAGAAAAUAG